AUGUUGUUUAAAUUGGACGCUAAAUUGAUCAUAUCUACUGUCUUAUUAUAUUUACUAUUACUAUUGUAUAUACCGAUCAUUUCAUCGCAACAUGUUAAGAAAGAAGACCACACUUGUCCAUAUUUAUGGUUGAAAUGGAAACAAAGACGUACUCUUGGCUGGAUAUGCGGUUCUGUACCAUUUCUAAAAACCAAUGUUCCAGGUGUGGAAUUUGAAUAUGACUGUUGUCCAGGUUAUGAAAAAACGGAAUUAUUAGAUAAUAAAUGUGCCUUUGUCGAUCGUUCAUGGCAAACAAUUACGAAUCAACUAAGAGAAAGGAAAUAUUUACAAACAGCUCAAACUUUAUCAAAGGAUAAAUUACAGGAUUUAUCUGCCAGUCCAGCCAAAGGUGUUUAUACUGUGUUUGUUCCUCAGCAUGAUGAUGACAUCAUCUCAAAAGAAAUUGAUUAUAUAAGUGAUUCAGACGCUGUUGGUACACUAGUCUCCUCUGGAAGAUGGUAUUCAAAAGAAUUUCGUAAUGGACAAAAGAUUCCAACAACUAAAGGUACUUCUAUAAAAGUAACAACCUAUUCUACUGGAUUAAUUUUCUUGGAUUGCAAAGUAUUACUGAGUCCAGAUCAUGAAGCAUCGAAUGGUUUAAUCCAUCACAUUGAUGGAGCUUUACCACCCACAUAUAAAUAUCCAACAGUUUUGAAACGUAUAAACGCUGAACCUGAUCUAUCAGCCUUUGUUCAAAGUCUACCCAAUGAUUUGAAAAAGAAAUUAGAUGAACCAGAUUCAAAUGUAUGGUAUACAGUUUUCGCAGUACCAAAUAAUGUCUGGAAUAGAAUGAUAUCUGGAAUUACUUCACCUGAAGCUAAGGAAGCUUUAGUACGUGAACAUGUAAUGGAGAAAAUGAUUUGUUCAGAUGCUAUUGUACAGAACAGCAAACGUGUUGGUCCAACUCUAAGCGAAACACAUAUCAGUAUUCAACGAAAGUCAGAUGGAAAUUUAGUUAUCACUGAUGUGUGCAACAAACAAAUACCUAUUCAACGUAAUGAUUUAAUGUCCGGUAUUGGUGUGAUACAUGUCAUUCAAAGCCCAAUAAGCAGUUUAGAAUCAAUGAACUUAAACGAAGCUCUUGAAUGCUUGAAAAACAAUCCUUCACUAAAUGUCAGACAGUCUGCUAGUGAAAUGUUAAAAUGUCAAAUGAAUAUUGGUCAAGGAAGCGAUAAUGUUGUACUUCUACCGAAUGAUGGAGCAUUUCAAUCUAAAUUCUACAAAGAGAAUUCUAGACAGAUUCAGUCAGAAAAGUGUAAAGUGUUUGCACACCACCUACUGAAGCCUAGUGAUGCUCGGAACGUAGACGUUCGUAAAACUGGCUUUAAUCAAGAACAGGAAUUCACUACACAGUAUACUGCAUCAGAUAGUUCAAAACAUUCAGUGUUUAGCAGAUAUAUAAAGACAAGACAUGGAACAACGUUAGCCUUUAAUCAUGCUGAAGUAACAGAAAUACAUGGAAUGAAAUUCCGUGAUGGAGAUAUUUUGAGUGUGAUUAAACAAAACCCAAAAGCAAAAGAAAUCUCUGCAAAAUUAAGCGCAACCAAUUUUCGUAAGGAAUUUACCCAGCAUGCACCGAAUGUUCUAUUUCUUGCACCAAUUGAUUUAGGCUGGAAGACAAGAGAUUUAGAAAAUGGUUAUACAGAAGAACAAACUUAUAAGCUUUUACAAUUACACACAAUACCACAUGAAUUCUUUGGUGGUGAUGAUGGUUUUAUUGAACGAGGAAGUGUUCUUGAAGUUGAAUCACUUUUAUCUUCAGAUUCACAAGGAAAUAAAGUGAAAUUAUUGAUUAAACGUACUCCUGACGGUAACACCUUCAUUGGUCAUAAAGAUCUUCAAGAAACAUAUUGGUCCAUGGUACUCGAUUGGAAUCGAAUUGGCGAAGAUGGGAUUGUCUGGUUCAUCGACUGGCCAAUGAGAUGUCCAGAACGCUUAUGUUAA